AUGCCAUUCCACCCGAUCAUAAGCUUUCUCCAUAUCAAGCUUGAAGGCCAGAAAGCUAAAACUUCCAGUCCGCUUGGCCUUAAGGUAAUGCAUGAAUUCAUGAACAAGGAGCACAUUCUCAUGGAUAACUCUGUGGGGCACAAAAGCAGACUGAUGGUCCGAGAUCAGGAUAGCCGGGAAGUUGUGUACAGUACUUGUGGUCCAUUUAACACGCAACAUAACCCACUCUGCCACCAAGAUGACAGCUUUGCUUUGUUGCACUUCACUCAAAGCAUUUCAAUUAUAAAGUCUGUAUCAAUAUCUGUGGAUCCUUCAGCUUAUCCAAAGGUUGCAUCAUGGAAUGCCAGUAGCAGUGAUUGCUGCUUAUGGGACGGUGUCACUUGUGAUGAUAACACCUGCCGUGUCAUUAGCCUUGACCUCAGUAGCAGCUUUCUCUCCGGUUUUAUCAACACCAGCAAUACCCUCUUCCGUCUUGUUCACCUUCAGACACUUAACCUUGCUGGCAAUUACUUCAAUAAAUCUCAAAUCCCAUCUGCCAUUGGACUUCUUUCGAGGUUAACGUAUCUCAAUCUCUCAAACACCGAAUUUACUGGUCAAAUCCCAUUGGAAUUUUCAAAUUUAACCAAAUUAAAUUCCCUUGAUCUUUCAAGAAAUUAUUUUUUGGAAAUCCUAAAGCCUGGUCUAGCAAGUUUGGUUCAGAACUUGACGGAUUUAAAACAGCUUCACCUCAGUCAAGUGAACAUAUCUUCUCCGGUACAUGUUUUGGCUAAUUUUUCAUCUUUAACUUCUCUACUUCUAGAAAAUUGUCAAUUACAAGGUGAAUUUUCGGCAUGCAUUUUUAAGUUACCAAACCUACAGUUUCUUAGCGUGCAGUACAAUACAAAUCUCAGCGGUUACUUGCCUGGAUUUUUCAGGAGGAGUCCACUCAAGGAGUUGAGGCUGGCGGGAACAAACUUUUCUGGAGAGAUGCCAAAUUCAAUCAGAUACCUUGAAUCUUUGAAUCAUUUGGAUAUCUCAUAUUGCAAUUUCUCAGGGUCAAUGUUGUCUUCAAUUAGUAAUCUUUCACAACUCCUUCAUUUGGAACUAUCUGGAAACAACUUCUCAGCAGGGUCAAUAUCGUCUUGGAUUGGUAAUCUUACACAACUUGAAAGAUUGUACAUGAGGUCUACUCAACUGACUGGUCGAAUCCUUUCUUGGCUCAUGAAUCUGACCCAAUUAACAUUACUAGACCUUUCUGAAAACAACUUCUCAGCAAGGUCAUCCCGUCUUGGAUUGGUAAUCUUACACAUCUUGAAAGAUUGUGCAUGA